AGAAAUACUGCGAAGGAGCAUUAAGAACACCCUUCGCAACGAGAUAAGGAACAGCACAGUAGCACAAAACGCCAUGAGGGCAGGGUCUGAAGCGUCAUCGGCGCCAGGAAAUCCAGGGUUCUCAUUCUCAUCCCAAUUGUCGAGAACCUCAAUUGCCACUCUCUCCUUUCUGGCUAUGGUGUUCGUCUGUGGAACAACCUUUUUUUCCAGUGCCAUGAUUCAUCACAAUGUUCGAGCGGGAACGAAAGCAUCCUCCGCUACAUCCGGUGCUCUAUCGUCGUCAUUUCCAAGAAGAGUAUUUUGCUUUGGCGACAGCUUGACAGCGGGAACAUCUCCGCCGAACCACGACUUGUUCCCAUACGCCAAACAUCUCGAAGAGUCCCUGAACAAGCACAAACUAAACCCGAGCGACAAUGUUGUUUUAGACAACAUCGAACGGACCGUUCAAGUCCGGUGGAAGGGAUAUCCCGGGUGGACGGCCCCAUCAUUGCUCAGGAAUGGAGGCUUGUCGGAUAUCAUCGAAAAAGCCGCUCAGCAACAACAACAGCAAGAGACCGAAGGAUCAGUUUCCUCCUCUGAAGAGGAGGGACAACACACAGCCAUCGAUCUCGUGGUGGUUCUGGCCGGCACAAACGAUCUUGCACAUUCUAAGGACGGGCAAAGUAUCUUCGAAUCCAUCAAAUCUAUUCACGAACAAGCGUUUUCGCAGGGUCACGUCCACAGAACGAUCGCCCUAGGAAUUCCACCGAGCGGAUGGCAGGUCCACUCGGAAUCGGCACGGUCCCUAGCUUUGGAAGUCAACUCCAAGCUAGAGUCGUGGUCAGCAACCACUUCGACCAGCGAUGCGAAAACGGUAUUCGUUCCCUUUCCCAUACAAGAGUACGAUCGGAACAGCGACUUGUGGUCACCAGAUGGCUUGCAUUUUUCUCCCAAGGGUUAUCAAUCGAUUGGCGAAUCGCUUGCUCCGAUUGUUGCCGAUAUUCUUUGGAACAACAAAUAGGUUGCCGGUACUCUUUGAAAUGCCGAACGACCGAACAAAAAAACACUUACGAAGUGCGAUUGAACACACAACGACAAACAAUACGUGCUAACGUUUGGUUUGCUGCCCAAACAGGAAUACGCUUGAUGCCCUUAAGAAACUCACCUUGAGAAACUCAAAUGCAGAUAGUAGAGCAGCGUGGUGCUAGGGCAGCGUGAUCUACACAACCUAAGCAACGACGAGUAUGUUCGAAAUUAACAAUAAAUUACGUUGUGCAGAUUUGUUUCAACCAUGUUGGUGCUUUUUGCAUUGGGUUUGUAUAAUUUUGUUUGGCAGUACGAGUUAUCCAUCAGGUGCUUGCAAGGCUGUGUCACAUCGCCUCCAUCAGAGGCAUCUAUUUCUUCUGCUGGCUAUAUAUAUAUACUACUACUAUGUGUCAGCUUGUAGUCUUUCUUUGGCGGCACUAAGGACAAAAAUCUCGAGAUGUUCGAAUUCUGAGGCUAAACUCUUCACUGUGGACCCCCCAGAAACAUGCACUAAAGAGCAUAUGAACAUUUCACACAAAUAAGGAUAUUUUGCAGCCGGGAUACCGAUCUAUGCCUGUUUCAUUUUGAAUUUAUCGUCCCGUAGAAUCAAUAAUGACAGCACAAAAGCAAAGCAGGUUUUGGUCCCAUCGCAUGCUCUUUUCAAUACAAUUAUCAUUUCCUUUAAGCCAGCAGUAGCCGGCAUCGAUGCGAAUGUGACACGUUUUUCAAAUUUGAAUGUCAUUUAUGAUGAUUACUAAGGCACUGGAAAACGAAGCGGAGUUCCCGGUUUUUAAGACGCAUCUAGAUUAUUUUUCAACUUCGUCAGGAUAUGCCAAUUCUUCGUUGCCUACUUCCGUUCUGCACAUUGCUAUAACUCCAGACUGUUGGCCAGGAUCGCCCGCAGUCGACACCAUCUUGCUCUCUCUGCCGGCAACUCAGCUUUGUACCCGUGCUACGAAAAUGAUUGACGAACGUGAGAACGGAGUAGGUUCACCAUACUUUCGCAAUCAAAGAGCGACCGUCAUUUGUAUGCGCGUCAACGAAUCCAGGACUUUUAACUUUCUCUUACAUUUUCAGACGGAUGAUAAACUUUCAGUUUUUGAUGUUUCGGUCUAGCGUUGCAGUCGGGAUCUGGCCAUUGUUUAAUACUGCGUCAGGAGCCCGCUGGACGCCGCCGCAGCAAUGGCAAUCACGAUCAAAGCAAAGAACCCCCCGGCGGCCUUGAUAAAGACGCUGUUGUCAC